AUGCGGAUCUCUUUCGUCGAUACACUGCAUGUCAGGCGCAAUGAGCCCCUCCUCAACUGCCCUCCAGACUGGAAAUAUUACGACUGCGGGAGCCUAUUCAAAGGUUGCUGUGAUGUCGAAGCCUGCCAGUUUUCUGCUGGUUGUCCUCGCGCUCAUGUCAGGAACAAUCAAGCUACCACCGUUGCAGCUGUCGCUCCGCCCGUUUUGGCAUCCUCAACCACCAAGAAGUCGGCAGAGAACAAGCCCAGCCCUACUAUCAACUCACCACGGCCCUCACCAACGAAGCCAUCUCGGCUUGUUAUAACAACCUACUUCAAUUCUACACCCACGAGAGGCGCGGGAGGCGCUUGGUAUACCGACACGAAGCCGAUGCCAUCUCGUACUGCCGUAUCUUUGAGUUUCAGUACCAUCACCACUCGGACCUCGAUCCCCAUCACUUCAGCUACUGCGUCGGUGACGGGCAAGGGAGAUACAGAGCUCUCUGUUGCCGUGAAGGGUGGAAUUAUUGGCGCUGUUGCUGCUGUCGUCCUGGCUGUCAUUGUUGCUUAUUUUAUGUGCGGUAAACAAAGAAGAAAACUCAGAUCUCGAGAAUCCAUAGAUUCGAUUGACACAGGUGAAGUUAGAAACACUGUGAAGGAAGAAGACGAGCAUACGCCGUCGACAAGUGCCAAUUCCUUCAGACCUGAAGACAUGUUUCCUCCUUUCGAGGGGCAAGGGCGAUAUGAAGAGUCCCGAAGCCGUUUCAACCGGGUUGGGGACAGUUGCUCUAACCAUAAAACGAUGAAUAUCCCUGGUAGCCUGUCGUCACGAGAAUCUGUCAACGUCAAAUAUCCGCCGGCUGUCAUGGCCAGAUCCGCUACUACCAGCCCUGAGUAUAUCUCACGUACGAAUACAGCGACCCCUGAAAUUCAAGGCUGCCCGCAGCAGGCAGCUAUUGCUGAGCUGGCUUCCCCUGGUUUGCCUAGGGUUGUCGAGAUUCAUAGCAAUCGCAGCGGUGCUCAGAAAUAUAAGCCUUACCGUUCUAACACGGCCUCGCUGUACCCGGUUGCUGAGACCUCGCCGAGUUAUCUUACUGGGACACUGAAGUCCACAAAGGCGUCCACGCGAUAA